UUGUCUAAUUACUUUCGACACUCAAAUGAAAACCGCUCUAUAACGACAAGAACUUGUACUCACCGUCAUUUUUCCUUCAAACUAGCACAGACUUCUUGAUCGUCGAUUUAAGCAGUAACCGGAAUUUAACACUUUGCUCGUGUACGUUUCUCUUUUCAGAACUAAAAGUAAAUUGAUCAAGAUGAAGCCACGCCCUGCCUAUGAAACUGACAGCGGAAAAGGUUUUCCGGAUGUCGAUAACACAGCGCUGACUAUAAGUGGUCAGUUGGAGGAUGUCAUGGAGAGAAUUAAACUUAAUCCUGUCAAGGAAAUAAACCAUGAACAAAAAGGACCUCUUGAUCAUGACACCAAUGAACACAAAAUCUGUCCAGUGACUCAGACCUCUAAAGGGAGAUGUCCAUUUAGUGGUGCGACUGGAACGUUUGAGUUAAGGCCUCAAGAACCAAAGUAUUUGAGGCUGAAGAACUGGGUGGAAGAUAAACAAGCUGUGGAUACUCUGCAUCAAAAGGCAACAAACCCUCUCCACUGCACCAAUGGCCGGUGCACAGGUUCAGUAAUGUUCCCGUAUGGAGGAGAAAUCCCUUCACCGAGGCCUGCUGGGACACCAAGACCGAAAGAUGAGGUGAAGGUUCAUGCCCAGGACUUUCUUCAGCAAUACUACACAUCCAUCAAUCUUUGUGAUGGUGACGAACACCAAAAGAGGCUGACCGAGGUUAACAAGACUGUCGAAGAGACUGGGACCUAUGACUUGACAGAACCGGAACUGAUUUUUGCCGCCAAAACUGCGUGGAGAAAUGCCUCACGGUGCAUUGGGAGAAUUCAGUGGAACAAUUUACAGGUAUUCGACGCUCGUAACGUGAAGACCCCGAGAGAAAUGUUCGAAAUCCUCAAGAAACACUUGGAAUACGCGACUAAUGGCGGAAACUUGAGAUCUGUCAUUACCGUCUUCCCACAAAGGAAAGAACCAAGAAAGGACUUCCGGGUAUGGAACUCUCAACUGAUCAGGUAUGCCGGGUACGCACAGCCUGAUGGGACGGUGAUUGGCGAUCCAGCGAGUGUGGAGUUUACCGAGAUUUGUCAGUCAAUGGGUUGGAAAGGCAAAGGCGGUAGAUUUGACGUUUUGCCCCUGGUGUUACAAGCCAAUGGUGGACCCCCCGAGUACUUUGACAUUCCCGAGAACCUUGCCCUUCAAGUGAACAUCAAGCACCCAAAGUAUCCUUGGUUUGAGAAACUGGGUUUAAAAUGGUACGCCUUGCCAGCGGUUGCCAACAUGAUGCUAGACGCUGGAGGACUGGAAUUUACCGGAGCUCCAUUCAAUGGAUGGUACAUGGUGACCGAGAUUGGAGCACGUGAUUUAGGAGACCAACAGCGCUACAAUAUGUUGGAGGUGGUUGCCAAGAAGAUGGGCCUAGACACCAAGAGUAAUGCAUCCUUGUGGAAGGACUUUGCAAUGGUUGAAAUCAACUACGCUGUCCUUUACAGUUAUCAGGAAGCCGGUGUUACUCUCGCUGACCAUCAUUCCACUGCAGAGUCAUUCAUAAAACACAUGGAAAAAGAGAUCAAGGUCCGGGGUGGCUGCCCAGCAGACUGGGUUUGGAUCGUUCCUCCAAUGUCUGGAAGUGCUACACCUGUCUUUCACCAGGAAAUGCUGAACUACUUUUUGAAACCGAGCUACGAAUACCAGACUGAUCCGUGGCGGUUUUACAGUUCCUCAGGAGAACCCAAAAAGAAAAUAGCUUUCAAAACUGUGGCCAAGGCUGUUCGUUUCGCAGCUUUCCUUAUGAGAAAGAUUCUGUCUCAGCGAAAGAAGGCCACUAUCUUAUUCGCUACAGAAACUGGCAGAUCGGAAGGAUUCGCUCGGAAUUUGGCCAAGCUCAUGUCACACGCCUUCGACGUUAAGGUUUUGUGCAUGAAUGAAUACGAGCAUGCGCAGCUCACUCAGGAGACCUUGUUGUUUGUAGUUACCAGUACCUUUGGCAACGGUGAAUCCCCAGAGAAUGGGGCGAGCUUCUCAAGCUACUUACAGAGAAUGAAAGAGAGCACUGGCACAAGCCCAUUGAAAAACGUCAGAUAUUCCGUGUUUGCACUUGGUUCCAGUAACUACCCCAAUUUUUGUGCUUUUGGGCAUUACGUAGAUGACCACCUGAAGGAUCUUGGAGGAAAGUCAAUUCUGACCAUUGGAGAGGGGGACGAGUUAAAUGGUCAAGACGAAUCGUUCAGCGAAUGGGCUAAAAAUGUUUUUAAGGCGGCCUGUGAUUCAUUUGGCGUGAAUGAUGAAGUUGCGAGCAAAGUUGUCAGUGCAUCACUGAAGAACAUGUCAACCAGCUGGAGCCCAGGCCUCUACCGCUGGGUAGAAGAACGAAGAAAACCGAGCGACUUGUGUUCUUAUCUCUCCAAGACUUACAACAAGACCGUUAACCCCGCAAAAGUCAUUUCAGUGACUGAACUUCAAGCCAAAGAUUCGAGUCGCUCGACUAUCUUGGUUAGCCUGGAUACUGACAACAGAAAUGAGUUGACUUUCGAGCCAGGAGAUCACCUGGCUGUAUUUCCCGCCAACAAAGCCAGUCUAGUGCAGGAUUUGAUUGACAUGAUGCACGAGAAACCUGAUCCAAACCGGCCAAUCAGGAUUGAAGUCGCUCGAGAAGAUCCAGCCAAACCCGGUGGACCAAAAGAGUGGCAAGCUUUUAACCGGCUUUCCGUGGCGUGUACCUUAAGAGAAGCUUUGACCAGAUACCUUGACAUCACAAGUAUUCCGACACCUCAAAUGCUUCGCUACCUGUCAAAAUUGGCAACAAGCCCACUGGAGAAGAUGCAACUUGAAACCCUCGGCAAGGGUGGAUCCCGAUACGAUGACUGGGCUGUGAGGAAAGAGUGCAACAUAGUUGAGACACUGCUGGAAUUUCCCUCUGUACAAGUGACUGCUGACCUGCUAUUAACGCAGCUUCCGGCUCUGCAACCGAGAUUCUACUCCAUAUCCUCGUCUCCCGAUGUUCACGCCAACAAAAUUCACAUCACAGUAGCUGUAGUUGAAUAUAACAAAAGAGGAGGUCAAGGUCCACAUCACUCUGGCGUGUGCUCCACGUGGCUCAAAGGACUGAAAUGUGGUGACGUGAUACCUUGUUAUAUCAGACAUGCCCAGUCCUUCCAUCUUCCCACUGAUGGCUCGGUCCCGGUGAUCAUGAUAGGGAAUGGGACUGGCAUUGCACCUUUCCGGUCCUUCUGGCAGCAGCGGAUGUUCGAGUUGAACAACAGGUGUCCACCAGAGUCAUCAAAAACAGGCCGACGACAGUGGGGAGACAUGCUGCUGUUUUUCGGUUGCAGAAACUCUCAUGUGGAUGACAUUUUUCGACAUGAAACCCAAAAAGCAAAGCAAAGCAGAGCAAUUACCGAUGUGUUCACAGCUUACUCCAGACAAGAGGGAAGGCCUAAGAAAUAUGUUCAAGACCUCCUGAGGGAAGACUCGUCUAACAUCAACGACUUGAUAGUCAAUGACAGUGCACAUGUGUAUGUGUGUGGAGGAGCUGCCAUGGCUGAUGACGUCAGCAAAACCUUACAGACCAUGCUCGCUGAUCGCCUUAAUUCGUCUCCUGAAGACGGUUUGGAUUUCAUCAGGAAAAUGAAGUCAUCAAACAGAUACCAUGAAGAUAUAUUUAGUGUCCCCCAGAGAAACAAAGAACCAAAGGAUACAAGAAAACUAAACAAGGAAAGGGCGCUUUAAGAUGAACAUACCAGGCCUUCCGCAUCAAUAGGUCACAUGACCGGCCGUGCAAAUUA